AUGGUGCUAGCAACGUCCGUGCCAUACAAUGAUGCACCCGAGCGGAUCCGUGGCUGGUCGCUCAUGUGCGGGUUCCAAGCUGACGGCUUCAGAGAUUGGUCCGACUUCGCGAAGUUCGUGGAUGAGCGCGCAACUCACGCAGUCAAGCAUUUGAGGCAAGCCCGCAAAAGCAUCCCUGAUGGAAAGGCUUUACCAAAAGUCGGACGAAAAAGCCAGCCCAUGCCCAAGCGCUUCUGUGGAGACUUGCGCCACAUCAGGUCAGAACCGGGACUUCACGCGGUCUACUGGGGCGAGAACGGCAUCCCGCAAAGCGACUUCAGUGCUCCGGCAACACCAAUACCAGCCUCACAGGUGCUGGAAAGCAGCAGUCACGAGCAGCCUUCGGAUUGUAUCGAUGAUCAGCCAGACGCGAGGCACUCGUCCAGCAGCUCGAAGAAAGGUUCCAUGGCUCCACAAGCUGGUGGAGACAUGCGAAAGGAGAAGCGCCGGGGGCAGUCGCAGUUAAUGCCGAUGCCCCCUCUGAACCACAGCCCACGGCAGAGGUAUUCAGGCAAAGCUCUCCUCGAGACACUGCCGCCGAUCGAUGGCCUGGACCUGACGUCCGUGGACACGCCGACCACUCGUGUCUCCAUCUCCAAGGGCCCACAAAUCCACCAGUUGGCACACGAGCUUCGAGUGCCUCUGGAUCUUGUGCAGUCAGCGACUGAAAUCUUCAAGCGCUACUCUGAUGGCGAAGGCGCAGAUUUAUUCCAGCGGAAGCUACGAAUGAGCAACUUUACGAAGCUGCUGUGUGAGCUGACUCGGGUAGACAGCCUUGCUGACCUUUCGCCACACUUUGUAGAGACUGCUACGCGAACGGUGAAUCGUAGCGGCAGCGACGCAAUUGACGUCCGGGACUUCUUCAUCUGGUACUCUGCUUUCAGCUUCUCCGAGGAGCUGACGCCGAACAAGGAGGAUCAUCGGACCCGGCGGCUAGCAAAGAAGCUGGGCCUCGAGGUUGUGGAUGUCGAUGAUUAUCGAAAGGCCUUCGACAAGUUUGAUGCAGACGGCAGCGGCAUGAUCGAGAUAGAUGAGUUUGAGGACAUCCUGCGGCACCUGCUCAAGCUGCCGAAAGAGACAGAAUUGGAGCCCAAUCGGGUUGCGAAUUUAUGGCGCAUUGCCGACAAGAACCGGGAUGAUGUGGUAGACUUUGAAGAAUUUUGUCUGUUCUGGUCAGAUUCUUACGGAGCCAGCGACAAUGGCCAAGGACUGGAGAACCUGUUCGCCAGUGUAUACCGUAGCCUAAGACGAGCCAUCGCCCCCGAGUUGAUCGAUGCCGUGGCCGUGCCACUUACUUCAGAGCAGGUGGUCAACAUUGCGGAUGGCGACUCUGAAGGGGAGAGGACUCCGUACGCAGGCCUUCCCGAUCCAAUGGAUGCCUGGUUCACAGAUGAUUUGCCUGACAAGCGGCAACUGGAGGGAAGCACCGUGCAUUUCGUUCGAAUGGAUGAAGAUGACUCCGAGCUGGUCAGCUACAGCAUCGAUGCGACAGACGAUUGGUUCAACAAUGGGGGGCAAAGCCCGGUUCGCGUCAACGAGGCAGACACCUCCCGGCAUGCCGGUAAAGGUGGAGUGAUCAUCAAGAACCUCUUGGCGCAGGAGCAGGCAUCUUCCGGCCCAACCUCCGUUGAAUUGAGCCCGGAUCUGUCUCCAGAAGCCUCGCCAAUUGCCAGCGAGUCAUCACUUGAAUCUUCCCGACGAUCCAGUCUCACAAGCGAAGAAGAGGCCUCCCGGCAGGCUUCUGCCAAGCUGCCACUGGAGGCUUCCAGGGACCUUUGCCGAGCGCUCGAGGCAAAUUUCAACAAUGCUAGCACGGUGAGCAACGUCAGCAUGGCCAGCAAUGCCAGCAAUGCGACGGAGAAGGCAGCCGACGAAGACGAUGGCUCACCUGCCUCCGUUAUGACAAGGCAGUCUUCCAUGGGAAGUGGCAAAGGAGACAAGGGAAAGGUGAUGGCACCAGGAAAGGGGAAGGGGGGAAUCAAGGGCCCCAAAGGCCUCAAGGGCAAAGGGAAAACUCUGCCGGCAGGGAAGCUAGGCGCCGAAAGUACGGCGCAGGCAGAUGCGGCAAAGGCAGAAGCCGAGCAAGAGAAGGAGAAGGAGAAGCCUGAGGAGGCAGAGAAGACAGAGAAGGAGAAAACAGAGCAGAGCGAAAGCGCCGUCUCCCAAGGAAAAGGUCCUGGCAAGGGUCCUCCUGCAAAAGGCGCGGCCGGAAAAGGACCUGGCAAAGGCCCACCUGGAAAGGGCAAAGCCCCCCCACCUCCGGCCAAAGGCGAUGGCAAGGGCAAGGGCAAGGCGGCUCCAAAGUCCAAGGCCGCAGCGACGCCUCCGCGCUUUGUCGGCCACACACCUCUUGGACGCCGCUUGCAUUGGGCUGGAGCUCAGUAUGAAGAGCCCUCGCAGCAAUCGGUCUUCCACGGCCUCACUUCCGACGUUCGCUUCGACCCGGAGUUGCUGAAGGCCAUGCUUUCGACCGAAGCCGCAGAGAAACCGGUUCUCGUCGGCAGGCGAAAGUCAAUAACCAAGAAAGCAGGAAUCACCCUUUUGGAUGGCUCGCGGGCACAGAACCUCGCAAUCGUGAUGAGCAAGAUGAAGGUCCCGGCCCCGGAAUUCUGCCAGAAUUUGAAGGACCUCCACUUCAGCGAGAGCUUCAUCAAUCCCGAAGAUGUAGAGUUGCUCAUCCACGUAUUGCCCACUCCCGAAGAGAGCAAGAAGCUGUUGGAGUACAAGGACCGCGUGGCAGACCUGCGGGACGUGGAGAUGAACAUCAUGCCUUUCUGCACCCUUCCGAAAGGAGUGGCGCGCAUGAAGGUAGCAAAGUUCGCGUUGUCCCACAUUGCGCAGUUUAGUGCCAUCGAGAAAAGAUGUGAGGCACUCAUGUCUGCUGCCGAGCAGGUGCGUUCCAGCCAGAAGUUCAAAGAAAUGCUCGAUUUAGUUGUACGUGUUGGCAAUUUUAUCAACCACGGUGUGGAUGAGGUCGUCGAAGGCACCAUCCGCGGCGUGAGCGUAGACUCUCUUUUGACAUUAGCUUCCUUCAAGACGGGAGCUGUUUCUUCCCUGCAUUUCCUUUGCCUCUCCCUCGGGGCAAACGAUCCAGACUUCUUCCAGGCAUUAAAGCAGUCCCUGUCCAGCGUGCAUGAGGCUUCCAAAGAGAAAGCUUCGGCACUGAAGUCAUCCAUCGAGGCCUUCGGUAAAGAUGCCGACACUGCAGAAAAGCAGUUGAAUGCACUGCUGGUGCCCAACGAGGAGCAGGAGGCCGUGCCUCCGAGCCACGAGGCCGACCUCCGUGAAUUGAUGGCCCUGUGGAUGGCAGAGAAAGUCAAAUUGCAAGAAAUUGGCGAUGAAGCCUUCGACGCUUGUUUGGAGACUCAAAAGUAUUUCUGCGUCUCCGAGAAAGCCUUGGCAAAUCUGCCACCGCUUGAGACAUUUUUUCUUCACAUUGCAACCUUCCUGGAUCAGUUUUCAGAGGCCUGGCAAGAGAUCGAGAAGUCGCCGCCUCAGAAGACACCAAAAGGAUCACAGGAUCAACGCGUACUAGUAUAUAUAUAUAUAUGGAAGAGAAACUGUUAUGUAUCAUGUGACGCCUCUCUUUCUUCAAUGAAAGGUCCGGGAAGAGGGUGGGCAGGGUUUCAAAAGUUUCAAUAG